AUGAAAUACCCAACACACCUAGGGACAUAUAAUGGCAAGGACGACCCGGAUGAUUUCCUGCAAAGGUUUAAGGGGACAGCAGAAAUGCAAAACUGGGUCGAACCAGUGGCGUGUAAAGCAUUCAGAAUGGGGUUAACAAGUGACGCAAGAGAAUGGCUGGGUAACCUGACAGAAGGAUCGAUAAACAACUUUGAUGAACUCAAAACAAAGUUUUUAUCGCACUUCUGUCAACAGAAAAAGCACAAGAAGACACAUGUGGCAGCCCACAACAUCAAACAAAGAGAAAAUGAAACCUCUAGGGACUUCAUAGAGAGAUUCACCGUGGAAUCACAAGAAAUCACAGGUCUAGUAGAUUCACAGAGGGUUUCUGGGCUAAUACACGGUUGUCGAAAUAGAGAAUUGGUCGAAUGCUUAAAUACAGAUUUAGCAGAGACGUUCGAUGAAGUAAAGAAAAAAGCCCACAAGUUCCUGGACACAAAAGAAAUCGGAGCAAGUAAUUUGGAUGAUACAAGGUACAAAAAAGGAAAGUGGCAAUCAAACAAAGAUCAGCAACGAUACGGCCCAUAUAAUAGAGAAGAAAAGAGAAGAGAUUAUAACGUAUCACUGCCAGAAAUGACAAAAACUCCAAAGGAAAUAUUACUCACAGAGGCAGUAGGGAAAACAUUCCCCACUCCAUCAAAAUUAAGUGAAAGGGGAAGACGGGAUAAAAAUAAAUAUUGUGAUUUCCAGAAUGAUACAGGACACGAUACCAGUUCGUGUAUACAAUUGAAGAAAGCCAUUGAUGAAGCCAUUAAAACAGGAAAAUUGGCGCAUCUGGUAAAAGGAAUCCGACAACAAGGAAAGCCAAAAGCAGAUGAGUUUGGGGAGCAGAAAUACAACAAUACCCAGACAAUAAUCUAUACAAUCAGACGAGAAAGACAAGUCGAGAAGAGAAAGGGAGUUGAUGCACUAAUCCAGAGCAUAGGAGAAAUCUCAUUUCCACCAAUACUGGGAACAAAUGUCUCGGACAAUCCAAUAGCGAUCAAAGCAAUACUACAGGAAAGAUGGGUAGACAAGAUCAACAUCGAUGAUGGAAGCGAUUGCAAUAUACUAUACGAGCAUGCGUUCCCAAGAGAUAACCCACUCCUGCGACCAUGUAGGAAGACAGAGGAGCUAACGUUUAUGCUAAUCAGAGGACCCUCGCUUUACAAUGCAAUCCUGGGAAGACAAGCACUACAAAAGUUUGGGAUGAUACCCUCUGUCAUACACAACAUGGUCAAGUUUCAAACGGAGGAUGGGAUAGCAAGCAUCCGGGGAAGUUAUGAGCCACCCAGAGUUCAUGGACAAACUGGCACCAGUAUGCCAACAACAAAAAGGAGGCUAGGAAGAGAAGAAGGGGAACUUUCAAAUACAUUCCACAAAAUGGAAAUAAAAAAGCAAGAAGACCCAGAACUCGAAAAUAGCACUCACAAAGCAGAAUAA